CACUAUUUCAAGCAUCUAAAAACGCAAAGUAAAUGACCUUGUAAUCUUUCAUGUUUCAGAGUCUGAUGUAAAUGUGCUAAAUAUGUUAGUUUAUGCCAAAUGCCUCUUUUUGGGGGGUCUUUUCCCACGUAUGUUCAUAUAUUUUCUGACUGAAAUAAAAGUUCCUGAUUUGUUUAUAUAAUUCAUCAACCAGGGGACGAGAAUGUAGCCCACCAUGCUUAAAAUGAGAAGCAAACUCAAUCUAUGAAAAGAUGUAUUGUAUCUUACUUGUGUUUUUGUAUGGAUUUAUAGCAACACCACAAACAAAAACGACCUGAUCGCUGAGGAUCGGAGAGCAUGCGUCACUGGCAGGCUCAUUGUGUGUGGAGAUGUUAUAGUUCUGCGUCCAAUUUGUCUCCGACUACUAAGGACGUUGCCACAGAGGCCAGGAAAUAUGCUCUGUAUGGAAACGACUUCCUCCGGCGGCGUCCCGUGAGGACCGGACAGCUUCCAUUGUUAUCUGACUGGAUCAGGGCACCUCUUCAAAGCACUCGAGAUAAAGGGUCGUAAUUGGGAGGCUGAGAAGCAAUAGUCAGAUCAUCGAUAAAUGAGACAUUCAAUAUAUCCUUAUCUGCAUUGUCAUAGCUAAGCGAUAAUUUUAGGGGUAUUGUCCCGUAGCUGCUGGGGGUCUUCCAUCUGAAGAGACUGAAACACGUGAAGGGCUUCGUAUACAGAGAGAAGGGACACCUGGCGACAUUGGCCUGGUUGGAUCAUUUGGGUUGACCAAAUUUCUUCAACUUCCCAUUCCUAGAUGUUUUUGACAUUCUUUCUGGCGAACAUCUGGCUGGAAUGCAAUUUUGGACAGGCCUCUUUGGGGAUAUUUUACGCAUGUGUAAGCAAUGCAAAACCACAUGUACUGUAGCCAUUGUAGGCGUUUUUCAGACUUCUUUAGAGCUUGCUCUCCAUUAUUUACAUUACAAUCAAACCUAAUUGUGUUGCUACUGUAAUACCUUUGAUCUGUAAUGUUUAAACCGACUGCGCCAAAUGCUGUCUGUUGGGCCAGUGGCGCCAGUGCUCACCGGGGUAUCGAAGAGGUGUUAAUGCUAAACCAUUAGAGUAGUAUUUUACUUGCCUUUGCUUUACAUUUGAUUUCAGUGUUGUGGAAGGGGCUUAGAAAGGAAUGAUGUAAAUGAUCAGACUGCAAUGUAGUGUAAAAUCAUUUAAAUAAUUAAUAUCAGAGUGGUCAACUAUAAAGGAUUAUAAAAUAUCAUUACAUUCCCAUAAAAUCAUAGAGGCCACAGUAAUUGCAUGAAAUGUAUGUGUACGAUCCCACGACCGUCUUUAAACGUUUCAAUCAGGUGGGGUGCAGAACUCCACCACUUUCGGUUUAGUUUAAUAAAAGAUAUUGUUGCAAAAGCGUUAAAGGGAGGGGCAAAGUGCUGUUUUUUUUAGACCGAUUAGCCUCGCGAUUUGUGAACUCGUGAAAACUUAUCUGUCAAUAAUUUUGGAUUGAAAAGGUCUAGGUAGCCUAGUCAGCCCAAGUUGAAUCAAUAAUCACAAUAGACCCGGAGUUAUUAGGCCUACAUGAUGCAAACAUGCACAAAGCAGUUAUAUUGUCCAAUCAUGUUGCUGUCACUGUUUCUGUGUAGGCUAGAGGACACCCCCCUGUUAGUCUGGAUUUAAAUAUAAUGAAUAUGAACAAGUACAAGGUUGCUGCAGUUUGACAGGAGUUUUGCCAAUACUUUUUUUAAAACCAAGUGACCUGAUUAGAAAAACUCUGGUCCCAUCAUAGCCCACAUAAAACCUUUUUACAACUAGUUAAUCAAAUCACCUAAUACUGUAGAAGGUCUGGAGUUGUACCUGUUUAGGUUACCAGAUCAGGAUAAACUACUGGCCCCAGGAACAAAGAUCGCCCCAGCACUGUGGUGUCACCUCUGGGAUCACAAGGUACAGACAUAGACACAAUUGUCUCCUCACUAACUUGUGUUGCAGCAUUGGUGUUACAAGUUUAGUCGUGUUGAGGUUUCCUUUUUUAUUAAGUCUGGGCCUAUGGCAAAGAUCAGAUAGUGUUUUUAAUUGGUCUGCUGUUUUCAGUGUGAUCUAUUCGCUCUGGAAUACAACUUAAACGUCAAGUUCUUAUUUGUAUUAAUAUUAAAUACACACAUUGUGUCAACAUAUAGCAUCCUUUGUAUGUGAUGUUUCGGUAUACUUUCAGCUGAGGCAGACACAUGCACGAGCUCAACUGGUUCUCACAGACUUGGUGGCGCCAGGCUUUCACACAAUCAGGAUGUGAAAGGCUUCAACAACGAGGCAUUAGGCCCCAAUCACUGGGAAUCGAUCAGGCGUUAACACGCCUUUGCAUAUGCACAAUUUUAAGUGGGUCGGGACUUUAUAGGGAGGGCCCUCAACAGGUCUUGUCACAACAUUCUCUGGCCCUCUUUAGAUAGUAUGCUGACCAACACAGAGCUCCUAGAGGCAAACAUGGUCAAGGUCUUCUCUGUCGACUGGCUCGCACAGAGCAAUCACAACACCAACCCGAAAGAAGGACCUGGGGACACUAUACCAACCUACUGCAGACCCCAUGUUCCUUGUAUGGUACAGCCUCAACCGCCAACAUUUUAUAACAAGGUCUACCUCCAACCAAAACCAAAGACCACGAGGAUUGAACUCACGGAUUCCACUGAAGAACCCCAAAAUCUAGAAUCCAGGUUGAGCUCACCUCUGCAUCCGAUAACGUGUUCUUCCCCAAGUCUUUCAGAAACCAGCGGGUACAUCUCGGGGUAUGACAGUGAGGCGGUCUCCUCGGAAUGUCCCUCUGUGGAAGAGGCGAGCGAGGGGGAGAGAGACGGUGGCCAACGACGUGUGCGUACUAGGUUCACACCGGAGCAGAUAGAAAAGCUGGGGAAGAUUUUCAACAAACACAAAUAUCCAGAUGCUGGAGAAAGAGUCAAAACGGCACUGAAGUUGAAACUCUCUGAAACUCAAGUGAGAACUUGGUUUCAGAACAGGAGGAUGAAACUGAAAAGGGAGCUCCAUGAGUAUCCAGUUCAGUCUCAGAUGAUGUUCCAGCCCAUUCGACCAUUUCAGUACCACGGCUUCGGUGAACAGCAACUCUCCCCCGCUGCAAACCACGUGAUAUACCAUCCCAUGGUGCAACAGAUCCCCAUGGAACAGAUGGUUUCUCAUCAACACCCUUACGCAUAUUUAUACUAAGGACAUUAAAAGCUACAGACUGAACUUUCCACUCUAACACUAAAUUGUGUGUGAAAUCUCGUUGUUUGUUUUCUCUUGGACGUGACGUGACAUGUUUUAUAUUUCUUUAAAGAUGUACAGAUGUUAAAAUUAUAUUUAUCAUUCAAUAAAGUCUAUCUUAUAUCAC